AUGGCGACUGCAGGAGACGAUAAUCUAGCACAGCGUAUUCGCCGUGUAACAGACGUUGCUCAAGAACCACAUCAAUAUCUUUUACCAAUUUGUGGUUAUGAAAAAUUACCGCUUGUUCCACUCGAAAUAGCUAUUGAAGAACUUGUUAAUUUUCUACCAAAUAUUCAAAGUUUUGCUUAUGUAGCUAAGCAAAGAUGUGAAGAACCUGCUGAUGGACUUACACAAGAUGAAUCAGCUGCUAUCAUGCUUUAUUCUAUGGGAUGGGAACCACUUGAUGAAUGUCUUUACUUUGUGUUGAAUAGUACUCUACGAUCACCAGAUCGACGAAAAUUGAAUCCUUGGUUACUCUAUUUAAGACUAUUUCUGAAUGGACUUUUUCGUCUUCCAUCAAUUAGUCGAACUAUUUAUCGAGGGGUUAAAUUAAAUUUGAGCAAAUCAUACAUUAUGGGAAAAACAGUUGUAUGGUGGGGAUUUUCAUCAUGCACUACUUCAUUAAAUGUUUUACAAUCAGAACAAUUUUUGGGCAAGAAAGGAACGAGAACAAUGUUUCACAUCGAAUGCGAAUCUGGAAAAGAUAUUCGAAAUCAUUCUUUUUUUCCAUCAGAAGAUGAAAUUCUUUUGCUUGCUGCAACUCAAUUUAAAGUUAUCGGUUGUCUUGAUCAAAGUGAUCUUCACAUAAUUCAACUCAAAGAAACUCAACCACCUCACCCACUCCUGCAACCAGUGUCGAUCGUUACUCUCCCGAACAACCAACCUUCUACUAUGCCGACUUUAUCAGCAUCAAAAAAAACACAUACAUCACCACGGUCAACAGUUGCCACAUCAAAACCGAUACCUCCAGUGGAAAAUAUGACACCAUCAUUGGUAAAAGUAUCAGCUCCGACUUCAUCACCACCUCAGUAUCAUAAUCAUGAACUUGAACGAAUCAUUGCUGAUAAUAAAGAUAGCUCAGAGUUGAGAUUGUUAUCGAAGAAGUUGACUGAUGAAGAUAUGGAAAUUGUGGCCUAUUAUGCUCUGCGCAACAACCAGACAAUCAAAACUAUCAAUCUUUUUAACAAUCAAAUCGGAGAACAAGGAGCACAACAUCUUGCUAAUGCUUUACGAGACAAUGUCACACUUCUCACGCUGAGUCUGUCACACAAUCAUAUUGGAGAUAAAGGAGCACAAUAUAUGGCUAAUACACUGAAAGAUAUCAGCUUAGAUGACAAUAAUAUUGGAGAUGAAGGAAUAAAACAUUUGGCUGAUGCAUUGAGAAAUAAUCAGACACUGAUAAACUUGGGUCUUGGAAUAAAUGAAAUCGGAGAAAACGGAGCGAAAUAUUUAGCUGAGGCAUUGCGAGAUAACAAGACACUGAAAAACCUCGAUGUUGCGGUUGAUAAAAUAGGAGGAAAAGGUGCUCAAUAUCUCAUCGAAGUAUCACAACAAAAUCAGACACUCAAAGAACUUAACCUCCAAGGAAAUGAAAUAGGCGAUGCCGGCAUACAACUUGUCUCUAAUGCAUUACGAAAUAACACAACGCUGACUAGCCUCAGUCUUUACUCAAAUCAAAUUGGAGAACAAGGGAUACAACAUCUUGCCAAUGUUUUACGAGACAAUGCCACACUUCUCACACUAAAUCUGGGGGAAAAUCAUAUUAGAGACAAGGGAGCACAAUAUAUGGCGGAUGUAUUGCAGCACAACAAAACACUGAAAAAAGUCGUACUAUCUCGCAAUCAUAUUGGAGAUGAAGGAAUAAAACAUUUGGCUGAUGCAUUGAGAAAUAAUCAGGUUGACAAAAAUGUUUUUGCAUUUAUUCUUGUAAGGUAUUUGUUAAUAACUGAAGACACUGGCAAAAUUGCAUCUCGAGCUUAA